AUGCCUGGAAAUCAGAACCGUACACUUCGAUAUGUUGGUGGUGCAGCCGCAGCUGGCCUGAUCGCCUUAUCAUUGAUCUAUCACGAUCGAGCUAUCUUUGAUGAAGUCCGAGAAGGUAUCAAGACACAACCUGGAUGGCCACUGGUUGAUCUAAAAGGGUGA